AUGUCAGAUGGAAACGUGACGGUAGCCUCCAAUGUGCUGGGCACCAUUGGAACGGUGCUGUGGUGCAUUCAGUUGAUUCCUCAGAUCUGGUAUAACUAUCGCCGCAAAAAGACCGAUGGAUUCCCCGCAGCGAUGAUGCUAUUAUGGGCGAGUUGCUCUGUCCCGAUGGGGGCUUAUCUCAUUUUGCAGCAAGUCAAUAUUCCUCUGCAAAUCCAGCCGCAGAUCUUUGGAUUCUUUUCCCUCGUUGGCUGGGGCCAGAUUCUAUACUAUAACUAUAACUAUAGCCGCUCGAAAGCUAUCUUGCUUUGCUCUGCGGUUGUCCUGUUAUUUGGCGGUCUUGAAGCUCUCCUCAUCCUGACCUUGCGGAUUCCAUAUAACAAGGGUAUAACCUGGCCUGACCUUGUGGUAGGAGUUUUCGGGGCGAUUCUAAUAAGUGCGGGUUUAAUUCCACCUUACUUUGAGUUGUGGAAGAGGGAUGGCCGUGUCAUCGGAUUCACUGCCCAAGGAUCUUUCGAUAUUCUUGGUGGAAUAAUGUAUAUUUUGGUGGUGGUUCUCGAAUCAGGCAUCUACAUCAGCCAUAUCAUCUGGCGUUUCCGGUACCGUAAGCUUCGCAAGGAGGCGAAAGAAAGUGGAAGGAGUAUAGAUGAUCUCCUGGGCUUGACGAGCAACAAUACCCAAGAAUCAACAGAGACCCAGACUGGUGUUGUUGACCAGGAUGGGGAUGUUGAGAAACAGGAAGUUGGAAGGGUGGUAGAAACUUGA